AUGGAACAAGUAAAACGUCAACGAAUUAACAAUGUCAAUAACUAUAAUAAUAAUAAAAAACAAAAGAUACAAGUUGAAACGAAUCGGUGUCCAUUAAAAGAACUGAUUACAUGUAUUGAAGAUCUUUCUAAUGAAUUAAUCUAUGAAAUAUUUGAACUAUUAGAUUUUCAUGAUGUUUACAAUAUUUUUUAUUCACUUAAUACACGAUUUUAUAAUCUUAUAGCUAAUUCAUCUCUUCCAAUUGAAGUUAAUCUUUCAUCUAUAUCAAAAUCAUUAUUUCAACGAUACAAUAAAGAUAUUAUUAUGCUGAAUAAACAUCGAAUUUAUUCGUUUCAUUUAUCAAAUAUAUGUUUAUACGAUGAUAUUUAUUCACCAAUUCAUAUUCUAGCCGAGUGUUUUCGUCUUGAAACACUUAAUGUUAAUAAUAUAGAAUCCAAACAUCUUGAAUAUCUCGUUCCUAUAUUACUUUCUUUACCAUGUCUAUCUUCAUUAUCUAUCUCAUCUGCAGACAAUGUUCAAUAUAAGACUUAUAUUUAUUCUCAGAUAAUUCGUAUGAGUUCAUUGAAAUAUUGCAGUUUAUCAUUGAAAGGAUCACAUUAUAAUGAAUUAUCAUUGCCAACACUCGAUCAAUACAGUCCCAUCGAGCAUUUAAUCAUCAAGCAUUGUAUUUCCAACAAUCAACUUUACAGCUUAUUAUCGCAUACUCCUCAGCUUCGUCGUUUACAUCUUUCUGAUAUAACCAACUCAUGGACAAAAUAUACGAAACCAUUUCCAUUUGUAUUAGCCUAUUUGACCAAAGUUUCACUAGGUCUUAACUGCGUAGAUUUCGUACAAUUUCAACAAAUGAUCAUAGAUAUGUUUCAUCGAGUACAAGUUUUACAUAUUUCUAUAGAUUGUAAUUCCGAUCAAGCGUAUGUGAGUUCUAAUAGAUGGGAACAAUUGAUAGUAUCUCAUAUGCCGAAUUUACGGGUAUUUGAUAUUCGACAUGGAAAUUGGGCGAAAUACAUCAUUGCCAACAAUUAUAAUGUUAAUCCAAUGAUGCCGAAUACUCCAACUGAUAAAUUUUCAUCUUCAUUUUGGAUCAAACGACAAUGGUUUUUUAUACAACAAUAUAUUCAGGAACGACACCGAAAUUGUACAGUAUUCUAUUCAACAAAUCCAUAUAGAAGAAAAUUUUAUACAAUAUGUAAUCAACCUGAGGAAUUAACCUGUUUAAAUUCUAAGGAAACUGAAUUGAAAUCUGUUGAACAUCUUCAAAUUCACAGUGAAAAACAAACAAAUACGUGUAAAUAUUAUUUUCCAAAUGUUACUACACUUACUUUUAAAGAUGGGUUUAAAAAUACUCAAAAUUCGAUUGCAUUCAAUGUUAAUCGUGUUUUUCCUUUAAAACAACUUACUAAAUUAAUUAUUCAAUGUGAUUAUCUUUCUUUAACAAAAUUAAUUGAAUUAUUACGUUGGACUCCUCAUAUUCAUACCCUAGAAUUCGAAUCUAUGCCACUUUAUGGAAUUACUUAUAAUUCUACUCAACACAAUCAAUUAUUUCAAUUGGUAUCCAGUAGAAAUAUUAUUACAAAUGUGACUUUUAAACGAAGAUGUACAUUUGAGAAACUUCAAAUACUUGUUGCUUUAUUCCCUCAAAUCCAACAUCUUACAGUAAAUAUUCAGGCGAAAGAUUUAAAAUCAUGUGUACGAUUUCUAUUAGAGAAAACAAAUCGAAAUACUAGUAAUUUGUAUUCAAUAUGUCUUGCAUGGGUGAGUGCAAAUUGGGUUGCAAAAUUGAAAAUGUUAAUCGAAUCUGAAAAAUUACUUGAUAAUUAUACAUUAAAAUUAUUCGAUAUGGAUUUAUAUUUAUGGUGGUAA